UUGUAGAUUACUUGCCACGUUGGACUCGGUUCUGGGUAGGAGAUCAAGCUCAUCUACGGAAUAAAAUCAACGCUUUUUCCUUCCUGUUUCCUCAGUUGCCAAAGUAUAAAAUACAUACGUUUGGUUUCCAGGAAAGUUCAAAACUUUCGAAGUUUUUCGGAAUCUUCGGGUUCGGAUUCUUUCCAAAUUCCUAUAGGAGGGUGGAAAAAUGUCCCAAUUUUUUGACGAUGUCGCUCUCUUGGAAGCGGAGAAGAAAGUUCGAAUCUUUUGAACUUUUGAGGAAUUUUUGGCUUCUCAAUCCUUACAUAAACCUUAGCGGAGUGCUCUGAAUUUAGCGCGGUUCUUUUGCUACUGAAAAUCUUGGGAGUGACCGCUCCUGGGAUCCUCUUCUGUUUUGGGGCGUAAUAAGGGUUUCGGUGGAAAACUAUUAAUGGGGGCACAGCAAUCCAAAGAUGAGUUGCUCUACCAGCAGGUUAAUCACGGCAACAUGGAAAGAAUCAGGGCUCUUCGCCACCAAGGUGCCGGAUUGGAGUGCUGGAUUGGAUGGAUGGAAUUUUUUGGCAGUGGAUGGACAAAGAAGGAAAGACCCCGUUGAUCCUUGCAUGCAUGAGGCAUGAUCUCUUGCAUGUUGCAAAAGCUCUGAUUGAGAUGGGUGCGAAUGUGAAUGCUUAUCGGCCUGGGUGUCAUGCAGGAACUCCACUGCAUCAUGCUGCAAAAAAAGGCCUCGAGCAAACUGUUCAUCUACUUCUCUCUCACGGAGCAAACCCAUUCAUCAUGAAUGAUGAUUGUCAAAGUGCACUUGAUGUGGCCAGAGAGAAGGGGCACUACAAUGUUGUCCGUGCCAUUGAGAGCCGAAUAUGCCUUUUCUCUGGCUGGCUGUGCGAGCAUUAUGGGCCGGGAUUUUUGGAAGCAUUUGCUCCAAAAUUGAUGUCAAGAAAAAUUUGGGCUGUGGUUUUACCUUGUGAUUCUCGUAAUCCAACAAGGCCUCUGAAGUUCGAGUUAGCUAUAUAUCCUGAGCUGCAGGAGCGAAUUCAGCUGCGGGACCGGAGAGAAGCAGGGCUCCCAAAAAGAGUUCGAGUAAGAAAGCGCCUAGGGAGCAACUGCAAUAACAAGGUACCAGGGAGAUUUCGAAGCACGUGCAGAACCUUAGACAAAAGACCACAGCUACUGAGGGUUGUAGAAAAUGACAGAAGAGAAUUAAGAGUUCAUUCUACUUACUAUCAUCAGGUUGCAAAGCCCCGCAUUAUUAUUUCACUUUGGAAAGCUUAUAUCGAGGAACCAAAGUUCAACCAGCCAGAUCCAGCUGUGGUUAUUAUUGACAACGCCACAAGAAUAAAGUACAAGUUUUUAUCGGCAAAUGAAGGUGACAAGCAACAACUAUGGUGGUUCUAUAAUGCAUGCCGAGGAAUUCCCCAGGUGAUUAAUAACAUUCCGGAAACACCAGCAGGUGGACCCAUGCCUCCCCCAUCACAAAUCAACUCAUAUGCAUCAGCAACAUCAACAGGCACACAUACAUCCAACCAGGAAGACAUGGAAAUAGCCAUGGCCAUUAACGCCUCCAUUCAGUCAGCUAUAGCAGAGGGAGUGCCUGAUGUCCAACCAGUCACCCACACCAGCAACACCAGCGGCUGGGGCUGCUCGUCUGGUCAUUCUACCAACAAUGGAUGGCGGCCACCAGAUGUUGCUCCACCAUCAAAAUUAAAUGCCCAAGCAUGUCUGAAUGAGUCAAAUCCCAGUGGAUGCCAUGGAUGUGCUGCUCCUGAAGUUGGGCCAAAUAAUAGGGCAUCACAGCCUACUAUGAGUCAAUCUGAUACAGCAUUCAUUGUUCCAUCUUGGGAGGCACAUCCCACAGUUUUGGUUCCUUCUGCUCCACCAGUUGCCGAUGAGACAUUUUAUGAUGGACCAAUUCACUAUCCAUCGAUAGAUUCCAGUCCUGUUGAUAUAAGCAUGCCAGCUGUAGAGACAAAACCUGUGACUACUGAAGUGAAAGAAGAUACUGCUGGUACUCCAGGAUUUUCCAAACCUGGGAACGAUGAAGUUGAAGAAGGCAGUCGCAAUACUUCUGGGUUUUGUGUCAUCUGUUUGGAUGCCCCAGUGGAGGGGGCUUGCAUUCCAUGUGGUCACAUGGUUGGAUGUAUGCCUUGCUUGAAGGAGAUCAAAGCGAAGAAUUGGGGAUGCCCUGUUUGCCGUGCCAAUGUAGAUCAGGUCGUAAGGCUCUAUGCUGUUUGAGUGGUCAAUCUGGAUCUGAACAGUCUGUAUAUAGUUAACUACAUCAUGAGGAUGAUAGUUCUUGGAUAUUUUGUCAUGAUGUACUAAAUUUUUUGACCCUAUGGGUUGCUCUGGAAUUCCGGUGAAGGUCAAAAUACAGUAAUAUAAUUUGUAUAUACUGUAGAUGCUGUCAGUAAUAGGAUUGCGUUAAUUUCACGCGUUCAGGUAUUGAAAGUAGGGCAAUGUUGUAUGUGGAGAGUCUGUAAUGCUGUUAUUGUGGACAACAUUGGGUGCCUUAUUGUUCCAAAAAAAUCAUUUUGUAUUACAUGUCUGCCUUGCCUUUGCUGCAAAAUGAUAGAUGACAUGUAUCAGAAAUUGGCGUGCUACAUUCUGGAGCCAAAGGGCGAGAAGUUAUGUGCAAUAUUGACCAAGACUGCAUCUUUAAUUU